UGAUUUACGUGGGAUUAUUGGACUUUAGGUAGGAUAACAGCAUAUGUUAGAACAGCCCCUUUAAUACUGAACAGGAAAGACAAUGAAAAUGGUAAUUUUGUUCAGUCAGAUGCAAGAAAUUCCCUCUCUUCCCUAAAUAUAAAUACCCCCUUCCACGGUUUUUAUGCUCCUCUUUUCUUUCCUUCAUGAUGGGCAUUCUGCAAGGGAUUUGCUACAAUCUUUGUUGACCAUGACUUAUAAUGCAAAUUGAGGGGCACUGUUUUAAAAGAAUUUGUCAAAAUUUACUCUUGCAUUGCAUAAGGUAAUGAUCGUCGACUCAAUAGCCAUGGAAAGAGAUACUGGAAUGUCCCUUUCCAAUGAGAAGCGGCCUCUGGAAGGGUUCAAUACUGUUAGAGAAACUAAAACGCAUUCAGAGAAUGGUCCAAAUGCUCUGGUACCCAUUAAUCAUGCUGCCAUUGCAUGGCAGGAAUGCAGAAGCAGAUGGACCGGGGGUACAUCACAGAGGUCAAAAAUGGCGCUGGACGAUCCAAUCAUAAGUUGGUCAAUGACAUAUGAAGAGUUGUUGUCAACUAAUGAACCUUUUGCCAAGCGAAUUCCCUUGCGCGAGAUGGUAGACUUCUUGGUUGAUAUUUGGCACGACGAUGGACUUUUCGACUAGGGCAAUGAGCAUAUACAAUGGCAAACAUAGCUGACUGCCUGACUCAAAUUGCUGUAAUACUCAUGUUUUCUAUGAGACAUUUCUCAUCUUUCAGAAUGUAAUGAGCAGACCUACAGACCACAUCACUUGUUAAGUUGUUCUGACAAAAGCAAUAUUUAUUAUAAGAAAAAUUGCAUUUCUUGUCUCUCAA